AUGUUGCUCUUCGGUCUUGGGACUCUUGUUUACGCCAUCGUCCUUCUCAUCAACGGUAUCGCCAUCCUAUCCGAGGACCGCUUCCUCGCUCGCAUUGGAUGGGGCCGAACACAAGCUGAGCCCGGCUUCGGCGCGAGUCAUGACACCACCAGCGUGAAGGCUAAGAGUAUCAACCUGAUCGCUAGUGUGAGGACAGUGAUGCGGAUACCACUCAUCGUCAUCAACACUGUUAUCAUCGUCUACGAGCUUAUCCUCGGCUGA